AUGGUAGAGUUUUUGACAGAUCUUGUUGAAAAAUUGUGUCUGAAUUACUAUUCAAUAGCUCUAACCUUGGUGUAAGUUUCAUCCCGGAAAAUGUCUAUAAAAUUAUGCUGCUGCUUGUGCUGCACGCCAUGUAAUGAAUACAAAUCUUUACAAAAUGAUUUGGGAGAAUGUAAUGAAAUCUAUGAAAUGACUGUCAAGUAUUUUGAUCCGAUGUUACUAACAGAAUACAUCAAUACAAAAUGUUCCAAAGACAAUAAGAUACUUUGCCAGGACUGCUGGUUGCAUAUAAAUGAAUUUCAUGAAUUCCAACAAACGGUAAUAAAGACACGGUCAUUGCUGGAAGAGACUGAUGUCAAGCAAAUGCCGUUGGAAAUUAAGAUAGAAGAAGAGCAGGCCACUCCAGUAAUAAGUGAGAAAAACAAAGAUGUGGAUAACAGUGAUGAGGAGUUGACACAUUUUGAAGAUAUGUUAAUAAAAAAUGAUUCUGAAGAUGAUCAGGAUGCAUUAGGAGAUGAUGUUGAGUUGGAUGACGAGGAUGAAGAUGAGGAUGACAUUAAGCCAUUAAUUGAACUAAGAAAAUCCAAAAAGGCAAUAAAAGUUACCAAUGAAAACGACAAUGACAAUCAAACGAAGGAAAAAGAAAUAAGUGACACGGAGUAUCGGAAGCCUAAAUCCCGUAGAGGUCGUAAACCCAAAGAUUCAUCUAAAGAGAAUGCAAAAACGGAUUGUAUUGAGGACGAAGAAGGAGAUGAGACAUUAAAAAAAACACCCAGAAAAAAGAGAAAACUAAAAGAAGCAGACAAACCUAAAAAGAAUCCUCGCAUUAAUUCUGGCCUGGAGAAAGGCAAAGAAUCUGAUGAGUUCAUUGCGGAAUGGAAGCCAUUACUAGAAUGUGAUAUAUGUAAUGAAACUUUCCCAGUUUUUGAUUUGCUAAAGGGACAUUUCAAGGAUAUACAUAAUGCCAGAUGUUAUAUUAAAUGUUGUGAACGCAAAUUUUAUCGCCGUUGUGUUCUGGUUGAUCACAUUCGUCUACAUAUCAAUCCAGAAACCCAUAAAUGCGAUAUUUGUGGUAAGCCUAGUUCUAGUAAAUAUAAUCUGAAACUGCAUAAGAAAAUUGUGCAUGAAGAAACUGAACAAUUUGAGUGCGAUGUAUGUCAUAGGACUUUUAACCAAAAGCCCAAUUUAGAACGUCAUUUGCUAACUCAUGCAACUGGCAGUAAAGAUUUCAUUUGUAAGGAAUGCGGCAAGGGAUACGUUCUAGAAGUUCAACUUAAAUCACACAUCAAAACAGUUCACAGUGAUAAUCGUGUGUGCGAUCAGUGCGGUAAAACUCUGCAUGGCAUCGGAGCACUCAAGAAACACCUAAUGGAACAUGCUGGCAUUGAAAGACCUAAAUAUCCUUGUGAUGAAUGUGGGGCCCAAUUAAGAUCGCGUGGUAACUUAAGACGUCAUAAAGCAGCCUAUCACAAUGACGGUACGACUAUAUAUGUUUGCAGCAUUUGUGGCAAAGUGGCUGCCAGUGAAUAUGGCUUGUUGACGCACAAAAAACAUGUCCAUCAAGAGGAACGUAAGCAUAAGUGUACGUAUUGUGAAAAGGCAUUCAAACGUCCUAAAUUUCUACGUGAACAUAUUGCCACACAUACCGGAGAGGAUCUGUAUCAGUGUCCCCAUUGUCCGCAAACAUUCAAAGUUAGUUCGAAUAUGCAUCAUCAUCGUAAGAAAGCACAUCCCGUUGAGUUUGAAGAGGGUAGAAAAAAUCGUUUACAAUUGCGUAAAGUCGAUAUAACUCAAGUUACAAAUCAAGUUGUAAUAUCCUGUAAUGAAUAUAAAUCUUUACAAAAUGAUGUGGGAGAAUGCAAUGAAAUCUAUGAAAUUACUGCCAAAUAUUUUGAUCCGAUGUUACUAAUGGAUUACAUAAAUUCAAAGUCCUCCGCAGAUAAUAAGAUACUUUGCCAGGACUGUUGGUCGCAUAUAAACGACUUUCAUGAAUUUCAACAAACGGUAAUAAAGGCACGGUCUUUGCUGGAAGAGGCAGAUGUUAAGCAAAUGCUGUUGGAAAUUAAGGUAGAAGAAGAGCAGAUAACACCAGUAAUAAGUGAGAAAAACAAAGAUGUGGAUAACAGAGAUGAGAAGUUGACACAUUUUGAAGAUGUAUUAAUAAAAAAUGAUUCUGAAGAUGAUCAGGAUACCUUAGGAAAUGAUAUUGAGUUGGUUGGUAAUGAAGUUGAUGAUGACGAGAAUGAUGAUGAGGAUGACAUUAAGCCAUUAAUUGAACUAAGAAAAUCUAAAAAGGCAAUACAAAUUACCAAUGAAAACGAGAAUGAAAAUCAAAUGAAGUAUACAAAAGUAAGUGGUAAAGAGGACCAGAAGCCUAAAUCCCGAAGAAGUCGUAAACCCAAAGAUUUAACUAAAGUGAAUGCAAAAACAGAUUGUGGUGAUGACGAAGAAGGUGACGAGACUUUAGAAGAAACACCUAGAAAAAAGAGAAAACUUAAGGAUGCAGACAAACCUAAGAAUAAUCCUCGCAUUAAUUCUGGCAUAGAGAUAGGCAAAGAAUCUGAUGAAUUCAUUGCUAAAUGGAAGCCAUUACUAGAAUGUGAUAUCUGUAAUGAAACAUUUCCAGUUUUAGAUAUGUUAAAAAGACAUUUCAAAGAUAAACAUAAUGCCAAAUAUUAUAUUAAAUGUUGUGAACGUAAAUUUUAUCGCCGUUGUGUUCUGGUUGAUCACAUUCGUCUACAUAUCAAUCCAGAGACCCAUAAAUGCGAUAUAUGUGGUAAGCCUAGUUCUAGUAAAUAUAAUCUUAAACUGCAUAAGAAAGUUGUGCAUGAAGAAACUGAACAAUUUGAAUGCGAUGUAUGUCAUAGGACUUUUAACCAAAAGCCCAGUUUAGAACGUCAUUUGCUAACACAUGCUACCGGCAGUAAAGAUUUCAUUUGUAAGGAGUGCGGUAACGCAUACGUUGCAGAAUCUCUACUUAAAUCACACAUCAGAAUAGUUCACAGUGAUAAUCGUGUGUGCGAUCAGUGCGGUAAAACUCUUCAUGGCAUCGGAGCACUUAAGACACACCUAAUGGAACAUGCUGGCAUUGAAAGACCUAAAUAUCCUUGUGAUGAAUGUGGGGCCCAAUUAAGAUCACGUGGUUGCUUAAGACGGCAUAAAGCCGCAUAUCACAAUGACGGUACGACUAUAUAUGUUUGCAGCAUUUGUGGUAAAGUGGCUGCCAGUGAAUCUGGUUUGUUGAUGCACAAAAAAAAUGUCCAUCAAACGGAACGUAAGCAUAAGUGUACGUAUUGCGAUAAGGCAUUCAAACGUCCUAAAUUACUACGUGAACAUAUUGCCAAACAUACCGGAGAGGACCUGUAUCAGUGUCCCCAUUGUCCGCAAACAUUCAAAGUUAGUUCGAAUAUGCAUCAUCAUCGUAAGGUAGCACAUCCCGUUGAGUUUGAAGAGGGCAGAAAAAAUCGUUUACAAUUACCUAAAGUUGAUAUAACUCAAGUCACAAAACAAGUUGUAAUAUAAAUUAAUUAAUAU